AUGGAUGGAGGGGAGUCACCCACAGACAAAAGUGGGGAGACUGGCGAGUCAGAGGAGACAAUCGCUGCUCCCAGAGACCCAGGGGCUGUGGACACCGAAGGAGCACCUGAAGAAACGGAGGGCGACAGAGACGCGGACCCGAAAGUGGCCGCAGCAGAGGAAGGCGAGAGUCGGGAUGCCUCAGAUUUGACAGCAACUGAAAGGGAAGACACAUCACUACCUACUCCUGCUGCCAAAAAGCUGAAGAUAGAUACCAGAGAAAAGAAAGAGAGGAAGAAAAAAGUGGAUGAAGAGGAGAUUCAAAAGAUGCAAAUCCUAGUUUCUUCAUUUUCUGAGGAGCAGCUGAGCCGCUAUGAAAUCAGUGCACUGAGUCACAGAGAUACUACGAACUCAAAGAGAUGGAUGUCCUUGAGUUUGGGUUCAGUAGCAGAGAGUAUGUCUUGCUCCAUGAGUCAUCCGAUACUUCUGAACUAG